GUAGCCCCCGCCCCCUCGCGCCUUGAGCAGCCGGAAGCGAGCAUGGCGGCCGCCGGCGCUGUGGCUACCGACAUAGAGGUGGUCCGGGGCAAGCGUGCCGCCCUCUUCUUCGCUGCGGUGGCUAUCGUGCUGGGGCUGCCGCUCUGGUGGAAGACCACGGAGACGUACCGGGCCCCGCUACCUUACUCCCAGAUCAGUGGGCUGAAUGCCCUGCAGCUCCGGCUCAAGGUGCCAGUCACUGUCGUAUUUACCCGAGAUUCGGUGCCCCUGGACGACCAGGGAAAGCUGCCCUUCACCGUUGUGCAUGAGAGAGAGAUACCUCUAAAAUACAAAAUGAAAAUCAAAUGCCGUUUCCAGAAGAAUUAUCGGAGGGCUUUGGACCAUGAGGAGGAGGCUCUGUCAUUGGGCAAUGUACAAGAGGCAGAAGCCGUGCUAGCUCAGCCUGAGAAGCAAGUGGAGGGCUCCCUGACUGUGUACGUGAUCUCUGAGCACUCCUCACUCCUUCCCCAGGACAUGAUGAGUUACAUUGGACCUGAGAGGACUGCAGUUGUUCGGGGGAUAAUGCACCGGGAGGCCUUUAACAUCAUUGGCCGCCGCAUAAUACAAGUAGCCCAGGCCAUGUCUCUGACUGAGGAUGUGCUUGCUGCUGCUCUAGCUGACCACCUCCGGGAGGACAAGUGGAGCUCUGAUAAGAGGCGGCCUCUCAAGUCCAGUUUGGGCUAUGAGAUCACCUUCAGUUUACUCAACCCAGACCCCAAGUCCCAUGAUGUCCACUGGGACAUCGAGGGGGCUGUCCAGCGCUACGUGCAGCCCUUCCUGAACGCCCUCAGUGCUGCUGGCAACUUCUCUGUGGACUCUCAGAUCCUUUACUAUGCAAUGCUGGGAGUAAAUCCCCGCUUUGAUCCGGCCUCAUCCAGCUACUACUUGGCCACGCAUAGCCUCCCCCAUGUUAUCAACCCAGUGGAGUCCCGGCUGGGAUCCAGUGCUGCUUCCCUGUACCCUGUGCUCAACUUUCUACUCUAUGUGCCUGAGCUUGCCCACUCCCCCCUGUACAUUCAGGACAAGGAUGGGGCUCCAGUGGCCACCAAUGCCUUCCACAGUCCCCGCUGGGGUGGCAUUAUGGUAUACAAUGUUGACCCCAAAGCCUAUAAUGCCUCAGAGAGGCCAGUGAGAGUCGAGGUGGACAUGGUACGAGUGAUGGAGGUGUUCCUGGCUCAGCUGCGGCUACUCUUUGGGAUUGCUUAUCCCCAGGUACCUCCAAAAUGCCUGCUUUCAGGACCUAAGAGUGAAGGGCUAAUGACUUGGGAGCUGGACCGGCUGCUCUGGGCUCGGUCAGUGGAGAACCUGGCCACAGCCACUACGACCCUCACCUCUCUGGCCCAGCUUCUGGGCAAGAUCAGCAACAUUGUCAUCAAAGAUGAUGUGGCAUCUGAGGUAUACAGGGCUGUGGCUGCAGUUCAGAAGGCAGCAGAGGAGUUGGCCUCUGGGCACCUGUCAUCUGCUUUUGCCGCCAGUCAGGAAGCUGUGACAUCCUCUGAGCGUGCCUUUUUUGACCCUUCACUCCUCCACCUCCUCUAUUUCCCUGAUGACCAGAAGUUUGCCAUCUACAUCCCGCUCUUCUUGCCUAUGGCUGUACCUAUCCUCUUAUCGCUGGUCAAGAUCUUCCUGGAGACCCGCAAGUCCUGGAAAAAGCCUGAGAAGAUAGACUGAGUGGGGCUGCAUCUCAGCAGGAAAUUUUCCUUUCUGGUCAAGGUGAACUGCUUAGUGUUGAUUAAGAAGUGCUGGAUUGAGGCACAUAAAUGGGGCCUGCUGGGGAUGACUAAUUUUGUCUCCAGGCUUCUCUGUUGGACUCCAGAGGUGGGUUCAUAUUUCUUUCCCUUCUCAUUCCUGUGGCUUGGGUCCCCCACCAUCAUUCCCAAGGACCUCAAAAAGUAUAUCAUUGGGUCUCCUCCUCUAGUUUGAACUUGACAAUCCUGCCAUAUUGCUCUCUGGGGCUGGGGUGCCUUGUGCUUCUGGCCUGUUUCUUAGCACAGCACACUCAUGCACCGAGAGGACGUGUUAGAGGAAAGCCUUGAGUUGGACUGUAGCUCCUUGCCUUCACUUUCUCUGGUCCCUAGGGGAAGGUCACCUCUGAGACUCCCUUACUCCCCUUUCUCCUGGCCAGCUUUGCCUGCUGCAUACAGCCUGAGUCUAGGACACAGCAGUUCUGGAUCUGGUGCUAUGUGAAUGGCAGAGGUUCCUUUCAGCCUUUCAGAGAGGCAAUGUGGUAUAUUAGGGGAAAGUUCUGGACUGGGAAUCCGACAAGCCUGAAUUUAAAUCCUCCUGCACUUAUUGACUGGAAAGCUUUGGAUAAGCUAUCCAGUCUCUGCGCCUUGGUUAUCCUUUGUUCGGUGGCACUGAUGAUACCUCCUUCAAGGUGGCUUGAGGAUUAAAUGUGAUAAG